AUGGAUAGGCGCCGCGCUCUGUUAUUGGACACUUGGCUCGUUGGACCGAACAUCAGCAUCAGCGAUUACAUCGGGGUGCCCGAAGAUAUCGGUGGCCCAGCUGCGGAAGGUGGUGUCGACCCAGGCGCCGAGCAACCCAAGCAUGGUGAGGGUGUCGCUACAGGCUGGCCCCGGGCUUUUAUUAUCACAAGAGUAAGGUACUCGGAUGAUAACGGUUACGGAGCUGGUGGGAAUAGCUCAUUAGGCACUUAUCGUCCAUCCGUGGCAUCGAGGUCCCUGCGGGAAGAGCGUCGUGCGGGGGGGUCUUUGGGCGGCAGGCGGGUCUGCGUCGCAGGUUGCCACGGUACUGGAGAAGCGAGGGCUUUACGGCCGUGGAUAUUGCGAUUUACCGGACCGUUGGGGGGGUCAAUAGGAAGGGAGUUUGUCAGUAAGAUCAACAACGGUCGAGUCAGGACGUAA